CUGUAGGGGGCUCCGUAUACGCUGCACUGCUCACACCGAGUUAGUAGUACAGCAGAGGGGGCUGGAGUAAAGGAAGGAAGGCAUGGAUCCCACUGAAGAGCAGCGAAGCAAAACGGUCGACAUUUAUCGCGAUACAUGGGUCCGCUUCUUAGGCUAUGCCAAUGAGGUUGGGGAGGCUUUUCGUGCUCUGGUGCCAGUGAGUUUUGUAUGGGGCAGCUAUGCUGUGGCCACUGUGUACGUGACUGCUGAUGCUGUGGACAAAGGGAAGAAAGCAGCUGUGGCUCAUGGGGACAACCCAGGGAAGACAACACGGGUAGCGGUGGCAGUGGUGGACACGUUUGUGUGGCAGGCCCUCGCCUCUGUGAUCAUCCCGGGCUUCACCAUUAAUCGUGUGUGUGCUGCGUCACUAUACCUGCUGGGCAGAACCACCAAGUGGCCUCUACCGGUCCGCAAGUGGACCACCACAGCUAUAGGCCUCUCUACAAUCCCCUUCAUCAUUACUCCUAUAGACAGGUCAGUGGAUUUUCUGCUGGACUCGAGCCUUCGGAAGGUCUACAAUGAGGGAGAGAAGCAUAAAUAAGGAGGGAUCAUGCAGGACAAAUUGUCCCCUCCUGGGUAGAGACCAGUCCAGUCUACAUAGACCUGUGCUGGUUCUCCACCACUGUGAAGCACUAAAGAAGUGUGAAGAAGAAUUUCAUGGAGCAAGACUUUACAGUUAGUCAAAGAUACAUAUAAAUACAAUUGAUUUUAUUUCAGAAUAAAAAAAAUGUUAACCUCUCAGGGGAAUCUGGGUAGCGACACCAAAAAAUGUUUAAACAGAAAUCUAACAGUAUGAAAAAUAUAUACAUAUUCCACUUGACAGUGAAAUCCUGCUUCUUAAAGUAGUCUUCAGCAGGGAUACAGUGUGCUGUUAUAUUCCUGUGAUCCUCCUCACAGAAAAAGCCUCCAAGGUUUCCCUCAUGGUUUAUAGUUGUGAGCUGUGGCUCACCUGAUGUCCAGAUGUCAAGGAGAUUAAAUACAAAUCCACAUUUUCUGUGUUUAUUAGCCAUAUUCAGUUGUACUGUAAUGACAGGCCAGAAUGCCAUAAUGUAAAUUAAGAUCUAAAACAAAGAAGUAUAAAGCACAAAAGAAAAAUUAAAGAAGGAAGGAACUAAGGGAAUAAAACAAUCAUACAGGGAGUGACUUGGAAUAGAUGUUUCAAGAUUUUCUUCCGAUGCACUUUUCCAUUAUUUUAUUCUACCUUAUUGUUGGUCAUAGGAGCAAAAAUUUGCACUGGGAGCAUUUUUUACAUCAUGGUUACAAUCUAUAUUAUUCUGUAUGAUAUGUGGUUCUCCAAUAAGGAGAUCGUGGGUUCGUGGGAUCGAUUCCCGGACCAGACCAACAUCACACAAUCUCUCUGGGUGGAGUCUGCAUGUCCUCCCCGUGUUACCGUGGGUUCUCUCCGGGUUCUCCGGCUUCCUCCCACCGUCCAAAAGACAUGCAUGUGUAGGUUAAUUGAUAACUCUAAAUUGCCCGUAUUGAAUGAAUGUGAGAGUGAAUGGUUGUCUGUCCUUGUCUGUGUCUGUGUUAGCCCUGCGACGAGUUGGCCACUGUCCAGGGUGUACCCUGCCUAAGGCCCAAAGUCACUGGGAUAGGCUCCAGUCACCCGCGACCCCUAACGGGACCAAGCGGUAGAAAAUGGAUGGAUGGAUGGAUGGAUAUGUGGUUCUCUUAAACUAAGAAUACUUGUAGUAACAUCAAGUAGUACUUGUGCAGUGAAUCUCACAAGUACUAAGUUUGAAGAAGUUACAGUAUUGUACAUUUGUAUGACUACAGUCUGAAAAUGUUAGACAUGCCAGUUUCAGACAUCUAUAACUAAUUUAAAACGGUCUUUGCAGCAUCAGGAGUCAAGCUGUUUUGACUCUGCUUGACGCAAAUGAAUCUGAGACAGUAUGGUAUGAAGUAUACAAUUGGGGUAAAUUAGUGCUGAAAAAUAGAUUAACCCAUCAGACUGAAAUAUCAUUCUCCUCCAAACAAGCUUUAAGCAUUGGGUGUAUGAUUUUUAACAGGUUUUCCUCCUAGAUGCAUAAGAGUAGAGAUUUCCAUCUAGUAUGUAAAAUUUUGUGGCAAACGUCUCAAAUACUUGUGCCGGUCAAUGUCGUACCUAUACAGAACAGGAUUUAGGGGAUUAUAUUAGAAAUAUACAGAUACUAUAUGUCUAUUAUCUUCUGCCAAACUAUGCAAGAGAAACAAGUCGUUGUGUACAUAUGAGAGCUUCACAAACUACAUGAAUUGUUCUCCCAUUAUUACAUAAUGGUUACAUAAUGUUAAAAUGUUGUGAAAUAAGAAGGAAAUCUGAUGUAGCUUGAAAUGUGGAUGCGCUGUCACUAAGACCAAGAGGAACAUACUGUACUGGGACUGGUUAUCAUUGCCAGUUGUUGUGUCAGUAUGCACCCGUGUACCAUUUUAGCAAUAACUUUUAUUUAACGUGUUUGUGUCACACCAUAUUCUCUUUGCAGUGAAGGAUGUGGUUCACUUUGUCAUGGAAAUAGAUGCUGAAAAUGUUGUGAAAACUUGGGGUGCACCAAUUAUCAUGGUUUUACUUGCUGAUACUGAGUACUGACGCAACCUGUUCUGUAGUAUUUAAUAACAAGAUAAGGUCACAAUGCCACUUAUACAGUACUUGUUUUUAAAUGAUUGAAACACAUGCUCAAGGCUCCAGUGUGUUCAGUGUCAGAUGUUUUCAUUCACUUAAGCACAGGUAUUCCUUUUACCUUGCGUGUGUGUAAGGGUACAGACCUUUUUCACGUCAGACAAUUUGACUUUGAGCAGGAAAAGCAGAUGUGUAACAAAGGUGCCAAAGUCAAAAGUCUACACAUAGUUUCUUGAAGUGUCCCAGUAAGCCAUGCCAGUGAUUAAUGGUGCAUAGUAACAUGGCCCUGGAAAUGGGACACUUAAUGCAAUGCACCCAUAAUUAAUGUUAUUAAUUUCACCUGUGCUUUUCCUGCUGUGACAUGUUAAAAUGUCGGCACUGGAAAGAGCUAAUUGGUGCAUCCCUUGUGAAAAGCUAUAUAUUCAUAUAAAAUUUUAACAUUUCAGAUUGUACACAUGAAAAUGAAAAGGACUGGUUUACUUUCAGAAGUAAAAGUUCAGAAGUGGGUCACAUUUUAAGCCUUAACUGAAAAAAAAAGUCAAACCGCAAACUUUGUUCUGUGUACUCUGGCUCACAAGGUGGAGAUUAUUUUUCAAAUGCGAAAGCAACUGUUGAAAGAUGAAGCUCCAUUCAUUACAAUGGACACUUAUACACUGAAUUUAAAUAAAUUUAUGUAAUGACAAGUAUGUGUGAUUUUUGCUUUCAAACAUCACUAAUCACAGUAUCAUUAAUGAAUGGUUAUACAGUUACAUGUCAAGUUCUUGUAAAGUCUGUUUUUUCAUCAUCCCAGCAGUUAUCUUUUUACAAGACAAAUAUUAACAAGUAAGGCAGAACCACUUUGUAGCUUUGGGAAACAAUGAUUGACAGCUCAGUUUUGCGAAGAAUGUUGAAGUAUUAUCUAAACACAGUCUGCAUCAAAGCCUUCCUUUAAUAACAACUUUCUGCAGUGUGAUUUCAAGUGGCAGCAUAACAACUUGUUAUUUGUGCAGGCACAGUUUCCACUUCCUGAGUAACCUACCAUCACCUACACAUGAAAAAGAUGCAACUCAAGGGCUGGUUUAGCCAAUGAAAUGGAAGCAUUCAAAAGCAUAUCAGACCAGGUGAUUUGAGAGCCCAGUUGCAGUCAUUUAUCUUGAUUGAGUCAGGAGGCCACAGCUGAUGCCAAUUCUGUAGAUGAAGUGGGCACAUAAAAAGGCUAAGGGAGCCCAAGCACCAGUAGGCACAGUCAUGUUUGUUCUUAAUCUUGUGUUCUUGGCUCUUUUGGCCACAGCAACUGGUCAGUCAGCAUUUACAGGCAUUCCUCGACACAUCCAGGGCCAAUGGAUUAUCGCUGAUGAGAUUCCACAGUAUGAAGACAAUGAUGGACUAGCAGUAGAGGAGAGGAUAUGGCCCGAGAGCCCACCAGAAGUCGUUGGACUGGUGACAGCGGAGGACCAGAACUCCCUGACUACUCCAGAACUGUAUGUUCUGAAGGAACAAGGUGAAGAACAAUCAGCAGUGUGGAAGAUCGUCCUGGUAGCAGCCAUCCUGCUGGUGUCUAUAGUGGGAUCUGUGAGCAUGGCCUAUUACCUAUGUGUCUGGAGAGGAGGCAGGAUUCACUAUCAACCUCAGAAGGAGGGUUAUGCUUAAAAUAAAGUGAACUAUGUGUAGAAACAA